GAUCUCGCCGCGUCCAUUCAAGAACUCCCCAGGACCACCUCCAAGCCGCAGCAGCCCGCAGCACAACCGCUCCACCGGCCGGGGCCGCCCAUCCAUUUCCAAAGCCCGCCGCCACCGCUGCGUGCUCCGCGACGGCGGCGCCAAUGGCCGACCGCGUCUACCCGGCCGCCAAGCCCAACCCGCCCCCGGCGGCCGCGGCCGCCAGCGGCAACGGCGGCGCGCCGGCAUCGUUCCCGGCGCCCAAGUCGCAGAUGUACCAGCGGCCCAUCUACCGGCCGCAGGCCCCGGCCAAGCGCCGGCGCGGGCGGUCCUGCCGGUGCAGCUUCUGCUGCUGCUUCUGCUGGGCGCUGCUGGUGGUGAUCCUCCUGGCGCUCCUCGCCGCCGUGGCGGGCGGCGCCUUCUACCUCCUGUACCGCCCGCAGCGCCCGUCCUUCACCGUCUCCUCCGUCCGCCUCGCGUCGCUGAACCUCACCUCCUCCGCCACCGCGCCGGUCCUCACCGACGCCAUCACGCUGACCGUCACCGCCCGCAACCCCAACAAGAAGAUCGUCUAUCUCUACGGUGACUUCACCCUCUCGGCCGCCACGGCCGCCAACGCGCUCCCGCUGGGCAGCGCGACGGUGCCCGGGUUCGCGCACGCGGCCGGCAACACCACGGUGCUGACCGCCACCAUCGCCUCCGACGCGGCGACGGUGGACCCCAGCGCCAGCGCCGACGUGAAGAAGUCCGGCGGGUUCAGCGUGGUGCUGGACGCGGACACGAGCGCGGGCGCCCGCGUGGGCAGCCUCAAGACGAAGAAGAUCGGCAUCCAGGUGCACUGCGAGGGCAUCAAGGUGACCCCGCCGCCCCCGCCCCCGCCCCCGCCGGCGCCCAGGAAGGCCAAGGGCGGCAAGAACGGCACCGUCGCGCUCGCGCCGGCGCCGGCCCCGUCCGACGCCGACGCGACGACGAGCGCGACGGUGAGCACGGCCGCGCACUCGUGCAAGGUCAGGGUCCGCGUCAAGAUCUGGAAGUGGACUUUCUAGGUACGGAAGCGGGCUGGCAGCGCAUUACGAUUAGGGGCUGGGCUGGAGCACGAGAGGUUUUCCAGGAAAGCUUUUUUCGCUUUGAUAUACGCACUAUAAUUUAUUUACAGUUAUUGUAUUGGAGCAGACGAGUAGGAACCCAUCCAUGCGUGCGUCGCGUCGGUGUAAAUUCCCCCCAGGCAUUUUUCUUCUCGAGCUUUACUUCUUCUUAUUUUGUUUUCUUGAAACACUUUUUUUUUGUGUCAUUGAGUAGCGGGUGUAUAAUUGGGUGAGAUCUGAUAUUGUACACUGUAUAAUUCGAAUGGAUUUAUUUUAAGCUUGCA